AUACAUACCUUCGACGAGAUGGGAUGGUAGACGCACGAGCCAAACUAUGAGCGCAUCAUAUCCAAUAUCUCUGAAACCGCUGCUCCGUGUCGAGGACCCGAUGGGCAACGUACAUGCGUCCAAGACAACGAAGGCCAAGCUGCUCCUUCUCCCAAACGAGGAAGCACCGACGCGGACAAGCGCCGACGACGUCGCCGAAGGUCUACUGCUGCAGCUGCAAGCCUACGAAGCCAACGCCGAGUCGCCCAAGCAGGCCUCGGAGCGACCACGACCACUCGAGGCGCUUGCCGCCAACGUGGCACUCCUCCACAAAGUGUACUUGGUGGUGAUGGACCAUGGCGCGACGUUGCCCCAACUCGUGAUGGACCUGGCGCAACCAGAGACAGCAACCAGCGAGAAAGCCCGCGAGUUGCUGCAGAGAGUGGCUGACAUUUGCAUAUUUGCGCUCGCCUUUGAUCAUUUCAAGGCCAUGACGCCCCGAGUGCAGAACGACGUGAGUCUCUACCGGCGUCACCUCGCAUCGUCGGCCAAGAAGGAGUCAGCGCCGCACGAAAUUUCAGAGACCAAUGUCAACGCGCUCUCGCUCUUCCUCGGUGAGCACACGCCCGCGAUCAAGCUCCUUGGCCACGCGCUCACCGAUACUGUUUUGCACCACCCAGAGGCAGUGACCGCGCUAGCCUCUGUCGCCCAUGCAGCCUACGCGACGCUAUCGACCAAGUCGGCGUCGCUGGACGCAGCGCAAGCUUACUACUGCAUGCGAGCGAUGGCGGCGACGAUCUUGGUCUUGGACCAUAGCCUCGCCCACGGUGUUUUUACAGCGUCGUCGCCGCUCAAAAUCAAACGUUGCCUUCGAGCGCUGGCCGAUGGACGCAAGACGCUACCAGCGUGCACCGAGCUGCUGGACGCCAUCAAGUUUGCCAGUCGGCACGGCAACGACAGCAGUACCCCCCGACACAUUCGAUGGAUGCUGCACAAUUCCUAAUGCACAUGAGUGUUUUCUCA